CUGGGCUUGGAGCUGGCGCAGGUGAGGGUGUUCAACGCUGGCGACGACCCCUCGGUGCCGCUGCACGUGCUGUCGCGCCUCGCCAUCAACGCGGACCUGUGCUGCAGCAGCCAGGACCUGGAGUUCACGCUGCACUGCCUGGUGCCUGACUUCCCACCGCCCAUCGAGGCCGCCGACUUCGCCGAGCGGCUGGCAAUUUUAAUUCCAAAGCACUAUUUGACCUGUGAGAAUAUGAUUCUAAUUGGCUGCAUAUAUGCCCAGGGCAGCGAGGACGUCUUCGCCUUUGGCUUCCCCGUGCCACCCUUCCUCCUGGAGCUCGGCUCGCGGGUGCACUUCGCCGUGCGCUACCGAGUGGCCGGCGCCGAGUACUGGGACAACAACGGUGGCCGCGAUUACAGCCUCACGUGUCGCGACCACGCGCUGCACAUGCCGCGUGGGGAGUGCGAGGAGAGCUGGAUCCACUUCAUCUAGCGGCGGCCGGGCCGCUGCCAACCGGGUGCCCCCUCCGGGCGGCUGUCCCCGCACCUCUCCAGCGGCGAGGACCGGGCAGGGGCCUGUCCUGCCUCCGCCUGGAGUGUCUCUCCUAGCGUAGAAGGUGGCCGGGCUGCACUGAGGGAGCUGCAUGGGGAAGGCCCGGGCUGGGCUCUGGUUUUAAGACUCACGUGACUGCGAGGGAAGCCUUUUGCACGUGUCGAGUCUGUCUCUGUGGACGUAGCUGUUAUUUAUUGUUGUGCCCUUGGUGGUUGCCUUCUCAGGAAUAUUCGGAAUUUAAUGAGCAUUGGAAAAGUCCUGUUGCGUGUUAGUGCCCAUUGUAAACGAAAUGUGCAGUGUGACCUGCGUUGCAGUUCCCCGAGGCAAUCCUGCCCUGGAACAAGGAAAACCUGAGACUGCAUUUGCUUGCCAGUGUCGGUAGUCUGCUAAUAGUGGAAACUAUUAAUAGGCGAGAAAUGUAUUCCCAUCACUCAUCGCGCAGCCAUUUCUAGGCUUUGAGGCUGCUCUGGUUGGGCCGUGUGCUGCCUACAUCAACAACAGGGAAGAAGGAAAAACCAGACUUUUCAACUAGCCAACCGGUCCUUUCUGUGCAGUCAUUCCUGUGGGUCAUGCCUUUUUCUGGCACGUGUGUGUCUGCACAUUAUCUGGUUAUUCUGUUUAGGUUUUCAACUACCUAAAUAUUUUAAGGAACCUUGCCUUAAAUUACUUAAAUUUUGAGGUGGCUAUAGUCUCGGGCAACAGUUCUCUUUGUAAUUAUCUUUUUGAUGAUUAAGGUGACUAUUUUUUCUGAAACAUCAGCAGAUUCUAGAAUUCAUCUUUCAGAAAUCCAGUUACUAAGUGGAACUAAAAGUUAUUUUCAGCAUUAGCCAGAACAUGGGAGGAAAAAAUAAUCACAGAUUGAUUGUUUUAAAUUCUAUUUAUAUAUGUUAGGUUCUAUCACCUAGCUAGAUGCCUGCCAAUUUUAUACUUUGUGCCUUCAGAUAGGAACAUUUCUAGCAUUUUUUGGACUUGUUUCCCAGUUUUAAAAUGUUAUUUUUUUUAAACCUCCCACCAAGGAGUCAAGACAGGUGCUAGAACUGUAGCAGUUCUGAUAAACCAGCCCAGGUGGGCCAGAUGUCCAGGAUGUGGUACAUGUUUAUGCUAGAACUGAAGCCAGAGGGAUGGAUUUCAUGAUAGCUGUCACCAGUGAGUUGUCUCCAAGUGUUCGAGUGCUUGUUGUUACUUGUCCAGUCAGUAUCAAAAGAUGCAUUUUUUUGCCUUUUAACCACCUUGUUAUGGAUCAUUGUGACCUUUGUGAUUUUCAAAUUAGAAGAAUGGGAGUGGCUUUCUGCAGUACCUUUUAAUCUGUGAACACUGAAUUUUGAUUUAAAAUACUGUGAUUCGGUCGCACUGCUUUUGGCUCUGGGGCUGUGUACUACAUUGACAUGCAAAAGAGAGAAGAACCCGGUUACAUUUUCCGGCUGUUCACACACUCCAGUUAGGUCAGCAAGCCCUUUAGGGCCUAUGGCUGCUCUGCCUUUGGCGGUGGCCCAGCGUGCAAGACUAUCCAGGUACACAUUCCUGCUGCCAAAUAUAUUGUUUUAUGGCCUGGGGAGAAUCUUAUCAUCUGUGAGAAAAGUCUCUUGCCAAAAGGGUUCAAGUUGUAGAAUAUAAUGUAAAUGUUUUAUCUUCAAAAUGAAGCAAACCUCAAGGUGCCUUUGAAAGAAUACCAACACUUUGAAAUUUUAAAGUUUAAAUAGACUUACUUGGUUGGUAAAGAAGCUCUAAGACAGCUCGAGGAGAACUUUUGAGUCCCUAA